GUGGUCAGUUUGUCUUCUGUUUCUUUCUGAUCUUACAAGCUGUUAGAAAAAGGCAGAGAGGAGAUGCAGAGACACCGACUUGCAGCAAAGAAAUCUACUGUCCUCAGGAAGUGGAAGGAUGAUCCAAGAAUGACCCACGUCCAGACCAUGCUCCAGAGUGUCCAGGUGAGGACGGUGCAGCCAUUGGAGGAGUUGCUUCAGGAGUCAAAAUUGUCUCCUCAAAGCUGCGUCAACAAACAGAGUGACGUUUGUCUCCGAACACAGGACGGUCCACCGCUAACGUCUGACUUUGCUAAUGAAAACAACAGCCACUCUUUUCUGGCCUCCAUGUGUUGUGGUUUGGGGACAUCUGUCACAUUUCAGCAAAAAUGUCUUCGUGAGGACAACGAGGAGUCACGGCCGUCCUCCGGUUACUUCACCUACAGCCAGAAAAAACAGUUUCUCCGGAAGACGGAGAAGCGUUUAGAGGACUCAUCCUCUUCAAGUGACUCACAAAAACUAAUUCUCCUGAAGGACUCGCCUUCCUGCGCUCAGGGGUCAGAGGGCGAGUCUGAAAGCUGCCACCCGGACAGUUUGGAGGUGAAAAUGACGCUGCCCUCCUCUGAAGCUUUGGCUCAGGAUUGUGAUGGAAACCGUGUGAGUGCAUCAGACAGUCUAGAGUUUAUGUCCACAUUAAGCACCUGUAACUCUUCACCACCAUCGAGCCAGACUCGACAGGACCUGGGACGGACUGAGCCAGCGCAUGUCCAGCUGGAGGAGCCUCAUCGUCUCAGCCUCCAGGCUUUGCUGAGGAAGUCUCAGGCGUACCGACGGAGCCAGCGUGUCCUUAGAAACCAAGCCAAGCAGAUGAAGUCCCAGGAGAUGACCCAGGACCAGCAGGGAGACGAGGGAGUGGAGCAGAGCCUGUCUGAUAAGGAAAACAAUGGUUCCCCCGCCAGGAGGAGUCCACCUCAGUGGAGGAGCCAAGGUGCCACCAAAGACAGACGAGGUGCUGACAGAACCAACACUCCAAAGACGAAGGUUCUGCUUGGCACCAGUCUGGGUGCAGACCGAAUGGUCCAAGCUGUGAGGUACCACUACCGGCCACCAGCUGUUCUUUCAACGCUCACUAAUGUGGGUGAAGGUGGCAUGUCAGACGUGUUGGUGACGCAUUCCCAGAACAUGGAUCACCUGGAGUCCAGCCUGUCUGGACUGAAAGUCGUCCUCUCUGAUCUGCAGUCCAAGCUGGCAGAAGACAUCAAGCCCGGCGGCCUGCUCGCCACUGGACACAUAAAGAAAGGAGACUUACAGGAUGACACGCUGAGAGAGUUCCCCAGAGGAGAAGACACAGAACCAGAACCAAGUCUCAGUCUCUGUGGUUUAGGAACCAAAGCAGUCAAAACACAGGAAAGCUCUGGAACUAACCCACUGUCAAGAAGUCACAUGAUGCAUCAUAUCCCAUCAGACGGCAGCUCAGCGCUGACACAUAGCUGCACUCUGCCCGAGGAAACCAGCAUGCACACGCCAAACACACGGUUCCACCGUCAACCCAUCGCUCAACCAGUAUACGACAUCAACGCGCCGGCUGGGCUGUGGUUCCUUCAAGGCUCAGAAUCUCUCCUAACUUCAAAGCAUCUGACCCCAGAGGACGGGGCUGAAGGUCACCGUGGAGUGGACAAGGUCACACGGAGGCUGCUGAUGCCCACGGCCGAGCACACACAAGAAGAACGUGAAGGUACGCAUGGAGGAGCAGAAUCAGGGUUCAGGCUCGACCCCGGCACCACCAGAGCGUGCUCGUAUGAAGGUCGUGGAGCUCAGAGGGAUGAGAUGCUCGGAGUCCUACACGAUGUCCGGCAUGUUCAGUCGGCCUGCUUGCUCCCAGACCACUGCUGCCCCCUGCUGGCAGCAGCUGUGAAGGGUUUUCUGACUAGGAGGCUCCUGAGGACGGAGCGAAUGGAACAGCUGGUGCGAACCUUCCAUGACACUCGUCAGUUCCUGCAAGCCUUCCAGGAGCAGAGUCCCACUGAAGACAUUUGCAGCAGAGAAGAUGUCUUAUUGCAGCAGAGAGUCGCUCUGCAGAUGUGCUCUGCCCGUUACAAAGUCUACGAUACAUUCUUCAACCUGUCCAUCAUGGAGCAGAUGCAGUUGAUCACCUGGGACAGAGGCGUGGCCAGACAGCGACAUCUCAGUCAGGGGGAUCUCCUCCAUCCCAGAGGACAGAGUUAUCUGUCGGCUGCCACCCAGAAAUCUCUGCAGAGGAGAGAACGCUGAUCUGCCAGAAGAGGGCAGCAGAGAACCACAGCAAGCAGAGCCUGCAGGUCAAAGACCUGGAGCAGCUCCUGAUGAGGUUUUCUCAGCAGUUUCCAACAACAUUCUUCUUCCUGUGUCACACCUUCUGUCUGUGAUUUAUUUGCCAAAACAACUUAAAAGUGAUUGAUGAGGAAGAAUAAGCCCUGAGCUCCUAAAGUAUUUGGACAGAGGUAAAGUUUUGUGGAUUUCACACCUGAUGUCAUACAGUGAACAUGAUGAUUUCAUCCAAAGAUGAGUGCAGCCAAAUCAGGAGGAAUGUCACUGAGCCUGGAGACCAAAAGUAACUGGACAUCGUCUGUCUCUGUGUGUGUGUGUUGGGGGGGUCUUUGUUAUCGGACUGACAGUUCAGCGGGGUGUUCCAGAGCAUUCCAUCAUUAAUGAGAGUAAAAGUGUCAUAAAACACUAGGUGAUUGAUAGACUCUCCAGUCAUAGUGACUGGAGCCUGUAACAUGUCCUCUGAUUGGUUGUUGAUGUUGACUGAGUUAAGCCCCUUUUACUUUUUUUUCCUGUUUGGCAGCUUGUUGACAUGGUUAUUUGGCAACAUGUCACUAAACCCUCUUUAUGUUUUUUUAUAAGGUCACCUUUUGUUUUUUUAUAUUCUGUCUGUAAUUUUGUGAUUAUUUGUGUUACUCUGAAUUUCACAGCAACUUUUCAAACCGACCUGGCAACAGUCAAUGAUCUUGUUCAAUAAACUGACUCCUCAAUCA